AUUCUCAUUUCUGGUCUUUGCUGCAUUGUUCUUGAGAGCUAAGAUGUCAGAUUGCAACAGAGGCCAAGACUAUUUCUCUGUUCAACAGCAUGAGGCACCGACGGCUGCUGACAAGUAUGGAGGACUAGCACCAAAAAAGAAGCCUCUGAUUACAAAGGAUCAUGAACGUGCCUACUUUGAUUCAGCAGAUUGGGCGCUAUGCAAGCAAGGUGCUGGGGUGAAUCCAAAAUCAACAGCAUCAGUGGAGACCUUACGACCAAAACUACAGAGAACUCCGCACCAGCAGCUCCCUCCCAGGAGACCUGCUUGUACUACAUCUGAGUGACAUGAUAGCCUUGGGGGCAUAGAUUCAGAUGUUGAAGAGCUGAAAGUAGUUUGUUGUAUUGAGAGCAGUGAUGCUCAUGAUAAAAGGUUCCUAUAUGUUCGUUGGAAUUGGCUGGAUGCAUGUAGUCAAUUGUGAAUUAGCUUUUAAUAAUAAGAGU